AGCGCCCAGUGUUUUUUUUUUUUUUCAGACGUCCGUGAUGCUGACAUCUACGGGGAGGGCAGCGAAAAGAAACAGAAACAAAAUGAGCUCGGAUACGUAGUUUGCUUGGCGCGUUUUCCCACAGAGAUGCUGUCGCGUCGGCCGUGACUGGGAGUUCUCAUGACUAUCAGUAUCUCGUGAUUAAUGCGCGUGUGGCGAGGGUAGGGGGUCGUUCGGCACAGUGACAGAGUGUGUCAGUGACAGUCAGUGCUGAACUGUUUCGAUUUAGUUACGUGGUACAAACACGCUGACAUUUUUCCCCCGCUGCACACAGAUGAUUCUUCUGUCAGACUGAGUUUCCUCAUUAAGGGUGGAAAAUGUGUUUCACGCAGGGGGGCGGAGCUCUCUGUCGGACUGUUUGAAGCAGGAGGCUGCACUCACACACGCCAUGGUUUUAGAAUUAGGAUUUGGAGGGUGACUGCUGGUAUUCCCCGAUUCAUGCCAAUUCGACCCCGUAACCUCCAUCCCCAGCCCCUCCUUUCCAUACUGUGAUCCUUCACCAUGUUGGAAGGACUAGUUGCCUGGGUACUCAACACCUACCUGGGCAAGUAUGUCAGCAAUCUCAAUACUGACCAGCUCUCCAUUGCUUUACUGAAAGGGGCAGUGGAGCUGGAGAACCUCCCUUUACGCAAGGAUGCUCUCCGGGGGUUCGAUCUACCUUUUGAGGUCAAAGCGGGCUUCAUUGGAAAGAUCACUCUCCAGAUCCCAUUCUACCGGCCACACAGCGACCCCUGGGUCAUCUCCAUGUCCCAGCUGAACCUGAUCAUUGGACCGGCCCACCCCCAGGACUUCAAUGAGCAGGAGGAGAGGGAGGCUGAGCAGGAGAGGAAGAGACAGUUGUUGCUGGCACUGGAGGACAAGUGGAAGAAUGAGCGUGAGCAGAAAGGAGAGUCUUACUGGUACUCAGUCACCGCCUCUGUUGUCACAAGGAUAGUGGAGAAUAUUGAGCUUAAGAUUCAAGGUGUCCACUUGCGUUUUGAGGAUGACUCCUCCAACCCUUCAAAACCGUUUUCCUGCGGUGUAUGCAUCAAGAAUGUGUCUGCGCAGAAUACCACCAAGGAACCGGCACAGAAGCUUUUGAGACAGAAGCAGCUGGAGAUUGAAGAGUUCAGUGUGUACUGGGACACAGAGUGCAGCAUGCUGGCUGAUCUCCCCACAGCAGAGAUCCAGGAAGCCAUGACCCAGUGCAUGCAGAGCCGGGAACACCAAUACAUCUUUGAGCCAGUGUGUGCCUCCGUGCUGCUGUGUAGGAAUGCUUCCAAGGAGCCGCUGCGCUCUCGCCACACGCCUCGUAUUGAGGCUCAGGUGCAGCUGGAGCCAGUCUCCCUAAGCCUCUCACAGGUUCAGUACCAGCAGAUCAUGGAAUUCCUCAAAGAGCUGGACCGCAGGGAGAGGGAGAUGUUGUUCCGCAGAUGGAGGCCUCGUGUCCCCGUAGCUGGAAACUACCGGCAGUGGUGGACAUUUGCCAUCAAUGCCAACCUGAACGAAGUCCGGGAUCGGUGGAGGCGGAGCAACUGGGAGUUCGCUCUGCGACGGGCAAGGGACGCUGUGCUCUACACAAGCCUCUAUAUGGAAAUGCUUAAGGGUUCAGCUCUGAACCCACAGCAGGAGAGGGAACUGGAACGAGUGGAGAUGGAGCAGAACCUGGAAGAGCUGAAAUGUUUGAGGGAGGUUGUCUAUAACCGCUUUCGGAAGCAGGAGGAAAUCGCAGAGAGCAUUCGUGAACCCAUCUCCGACCCAGCUGUAUGUUCCCCCCCUGGCACCAUCCCCAAGAGUGGAAGCUCAGGCAUGCUGCAGUACUUGCAGUCCUGGUUCCCUGGCUGGGGAGGCUGGUAUGGCAGUGACUCCUCAAGCCCAGAGAGCAGGGUAGAUGGACAGGUGAUAUCUGGCGAAGAGCUUCUCCCUGACCAGGGCACGUGGGAUAUCCUGGCCAACACAGAGGAGCUCUUUGACUCUCUGGAAGACUCUCACACCAUGAAUACCUUCACGCGGCGAGACCACCUCUUUGCCCGGCUAGACUUCGUGCUAGAGAAGGGGUCCGUCACUCUCCUCCACCAGGACGAGAAGGGCUCCACCCCUCGUGAAAGAGGCGUCAUUCAGUUAGAAUUCUCAGGGGUACAGAUUGGGGUGGAGUCACUGCCACGCUCUGAAUCGUCUCUGCUCUCGUUGAAGCUGGGUGGGCUCUUCCUUAAGGACCUCUUCACCCAGGGCACCAUCUUCCCUGUUCUUGUCUCCCCAAAACCGGACAAGGUUUCUGUAGCCAUUAACCAGUCAUUCGGACAAACAAGUGGUUCAGAAACAGCCAGCUCAGCCCCUACUGAGUCUUCAGCAGCACCUGUCUUUGAGAUGAUUUAUGAGCGGAACCCACCCAGAUGUAAUUUUGAGAGACGUUUGGAGGUCAAAACCAGACCUCUGAACAUCAUAUACAACCCCCAGGCUAUCAAGAAGGUAGCUGACUUCUUCUACAAAGGCAGGGUCCAUACCUCAGGUUUUGGAUACCAGUCUGAGUUAGAACUGAGGGUGGCUGAAGCAGCUAGAAGGCAGUACAACAAGCUGAAGAUGCAAACUAAGGCAGAGAUCCGGCAGACCAUUGACCAGCUGCUAGUUGGAGAGUUCAUUGAGAACAGCAAGCGUUGGACCAUGAAACUAGACAUCUGUGCCCCUCAGGUGAUCUUACCAGAUGACUUUCAGUCUAAAGAUCCCAUGCUUGUAGUUGUGGAUUUGGGACGUAUUCUCCUCACUAAUUCACAAGAUGAACCUAAAGCAAAGCUGAAGACACCUCAGUCGGAAGCAGACGAAUUAAGUGAUGAUGAAUAUCAGACGCCAUUAGCCACACCCCCUGGAUCUCCACCUCCUGAGCCAGAGGUGGACCUCAAGGAUGCCAGAAAAAGCCCAGAGCUUCUUAGCUUGAAGUCUCCAGAGGAGUUACAACCAUACAGCCGAAAGCUGUAUGAGAAGUACUCUCUGUCUUUCAAUGACUUGCAGAUCAUGGUUGGUCGGCACAAGGACAAUUGGAAACACCUCCAGGAAAGUGAAGUGGGUCCAACCCAUCUUGUGGAAAAGUUCAAUGUGUUGCUGCAGCUGGAACAGAGACUGUGCUAUACUUCUGACCCUCAGCUCCCUGGAGCUGUUCUCUCAGGAACUUUACCUGACCUCAAAGUGCACAUGAAUCUAGAGAAGAUGACUGCCCUCAGGUGUUGCCUAGCCCGUCUUAGCAGCCCAGAAGAUGAGGAUGUGAGCGGAAGAGGCAUUGAGACCUCUAAGUCUCCUGACCCUCAAACACUACGUCAUGAAAAAAUAUUCCAGAGAGUGGACAGCCAGUGGAAGUUACAGGGAUCUGCCAAAAAUCUCACCCAGAGUGUGAUGACACUGGAGCAGCAUACGAGAGAAGUCCUGGUGGAGUCACGCCUUCUUCUUGCCGAGUUCAACAUCAACUACAUGCAGUUAGGAGUUGAAAGUGGUGGACGAUACAUUUCAGUUCUGAAGGUUUUUGGCACAAACGCCCACUUUGUGAAGCGACCCUAUGAUGUUGAGGUUUCCCUCACAGUUCAUGGACUCCUUCUGGUGGAUACACUGCAGACAUAUGGUUCUGACUUUGACCUCUUGGUAGCCUCUCACAAGCACCUCAGCUUUGAUGUGCCUACAGGUAGCCUCAGGGAGAGCCAGCCUGCCUCCCCAGUCUCACCAGACAGUAAACCUCCUGAGUUAUCAGGCUUUCAUGGAGAAUCAAUCCCAGAGUUACAGUUUGAUAAAGUCUCUCACUUUAGUUCUUUUCUUAAAGACCAGGAGGCUCUCAUCAAGUUGGACUACCAAUUUGUCAACUCUGACUGUCCAUCUAUGAAUCUAGACAGUUCCCUCCAAGUGGCCUCCAUGCAAGUAAAUAACUUGGACAUAAUCCUAAACCCUGAAACAAUGGUGGAACUUCUUAAAUUCCUCCAGAGUUCCUUCCCUAAAGAGGAAAGCACUUUGACUCCCACACCUGAGCAGCCAGUCCUGGAGCUUGGUUCUGAAGGUUUAGAGGAGACCUACCAGUCAACUUAUGACCAGAACACAGAGGUGACUGUUGAAAUCCACCGUUUGAACCUGUUGCUGUUGCGAACAAUCACAACUGGCACUGUACUGAGUGGAGAGAAGAAAGGCAUGAAAAUAGCUACUGCGAGUAUCAAUGGCACCAAAGUCAAUGUGUCCAUGGGCAGCCGUCUGGACAUCAACGGCUCCCUUGGUUGCAUUCAGUUGGUGGAUUUGACUCAGGAAGGGGGGAAAAGCCAGUUUGUGGUCAGCAUUGGAAAUAUGGAAGAUCUCCUAGCAGCAGAGGAGUUGGAUUUUUUUUCUACUGCUGGAGGAACACCUUCGGAAGCUCUGAGUUUUCAGCUUCAAGAGAAGUCACAGGGCGAGUGCUCCUUGCAGCUGCAAAUGGCAUCUUUGCAUUACAACCAUUCUGCCAAGUUUUUAAAGGAACUCAGUCUCUCUGCCAAUGAGGUGGAAGACAACUUCCGCUCCAUGCUGAAAUCGGCAGCCACCAAAGUGUCCACUGUGUUAGCCACCAAGACAGCAGAGUACAGUGGUAUGGUGUCAUUAUUUGAGACCCCAUUGAGGAGGUCCAGAUCUCAAAGUCAAAGUAAUUGGAAUUACACUUUUGAAGAUGAGGGUCUUGACAUUCCAGUGGAAGAGCCAACUGUGGAUUCAUUCAUGGUCAAGCUCAACUUAAACAUAAGCAUAGAUUCCCCUGUGGUUUCCAUUCCUCGAAAGCCAGGUCAUCCCGAGCUUCUAGUGGGUCACUUGGGGAGUAUAACCAUUCGGAAUUUUGUGCCUGAACAGGGCAGCUCAGAGAGGGAGAAGCUGCAAGUUGAGGUUAAAAAUAUUCGUCUAUACUCACUCAACACCAGUCAGCUGGAUCUUCGCAAGACCCCCAGGACAGACAGUAGUUCUGCCUCCAGUGCCUCACCUUCCCACACUGAGAGUAUCAACCAAGAUGAUUUGCAGUUCACUCGCCAUGACUUUUUUGAGUCUCUGAGUCGUGGAAAAGCUUUUCACAUCUUGAAGGACACCACUAUCCAGUUCACUGUGGAGAAAGUGCCCCUUGCAGGGGACACACAGCUCUCCUUUCUGUCAGGUGAUGAGCCCUUCCACAGCACAGGACUGCUCCGAGUAGAGGGCAAGUUUGUCGAUGCCGUACAGGUCUUCCUUGCCAAGCCUGUUUAUGAGCAGGUUCUGCAGACCCUGGAUAACCUCUCCUUCAUUGAAGAGGAACGAGGAACUCCCAGUCACCCCCCAACCCCACCACCACCCACCCCAUCCUACACUAAACUUCCCCACUUCCCUGACCCACAGGGUGGGCUUUUUGCUCGUGACCCACCCCUCGUAGGUCUGUCCUACGCUUCCUUAUCCUCCUCCCUCUCAACUCCCAUGCCCUUGCAGGCCCACAGUUCUCCCCAUCAGGCUUCUUCGUUUACCCAGGUGAGGGCCACCUUUAAGGUGGCAGAGUUGCAGGUGCGGCUAAGCGCCGACCUCAGCCAGGGCUCCCAGGGUGUGGUGAGCCUGUGUUUCCAGGACCUGGAAGGGGACUUCUUCAAAGAACACCCCCAGUCUCUGGCAGUGGAGCUGACUCUUCGCUCUCUUCUGAUGGAGGACCUCUUGGAGCCCAACCCAGAUUCCAAGUACAAACACCUUAUGGUCUCCCGGGGCGCUCCCAAGCCCUCCACAUUCAGCCGCAAGGAGUACCUUUCGCAAUCCUGCCCGUCCUCUUCCAACGUCCUUUACCCCGAUAUGCCACGCUCCCUCCCAGCACAGAUGGAAGAAGCGCAGAAUGUCUUUCAGUUCUACCAGAGGCAUACAAGCACUUCAUCUGCUGCGACUCGGAAAAGCAAGAAGGAUCCUGGUUGCCCAAAUACUCCACCACCAUCCCCCACCCAUACCACUGCAUCUUGUCAUCAGCCUUCCAACUUUGAUGAUUCCCUUGUGCACAUAAACAUCCUGCUUGUAGACAGGCGUCACCCGGAGUUCAAGAGCCAUUAUGGAGGUAUUGGACGCAGCGUCGAUGUGGACUUCAACUGCCUAGAUGUCCUCAUCACCUUGCAGACCUGGGUGGUCAUUCUUGACUUCUUUGGCAUCGGCUCCACAGCCAAUAAUCAUGCUGUAAAAGUUCCCUCAGCCUCGUCCCAGCCCACAGCAGGCCACCCGUUCUUCUGCCCCUCUUCAGAAAGCAUGGGAGAGGUCUUCACAGAUGGCCAAGAGGAGGAACUCGCCGAGAAGGUCAACACAAAGCUGGAUCUGAAGGUCCAUUCCUUGUCUCUUGUUCUCAACAAGAAAACCAAUGAGCUUGCUAAAGCUAGUGUCUCCAAGCUGUCUGCUCACUUUGAGGUCAUAGAAGGAGACUUGAUGCUGCAAGGCAGUCUAGGAAGUCUGUCGCUCAGUGACUUGACCCCUCAUGGAGAUCUUUACAGGGAGCGUUUCACCACACGGGGCGGGGAGGCUCUGGUUUUUAACAUCUACAAGUACGGAGAAAGUGAUCCGUACCUGGAGCGGGAGUGCGAUGUGAAGGUAUCCCUGCAGAUGGCCUCCGUGCAGUACGUCCACACACAGCGCUUCCAGGCCGAGGUGGUGGCUUUCAUCCAGCACUUCACCCAACUGCAGGAUGUCCUGGGAAGGCAGAGGGCAGCUGUGGAGGGCCAGGCAGUAUGGGAGCGUCCGCAGCGAGCCGCCCGGGUACUGCUGGACAUCGAUGCUGGCGCCCCCGUGCUCUUGGUCCCCGAGAGCUCCCGCUCACCCCGCCUCCUUGUGGCCAAUCUCGGGCAGCUGCGUGUGCGCAACCGCUUCCUUGCGGCGGGCUCGCGCGGCACCUUCUCCCUCCGAGACAAGGUAGAGAAACUUACCAUGGCACAUACCUUUUUCCCCUCUCUGGACCGUGUCACAGAUGUUCCUUCAAUGGGGCAGGAGAACAGGGCGAGCCGAGAGUCAACAGGGCAGCAGGGAGCCUCUGGGGCCCUGGGUACUGGCUUCACCCUGGGCCGACCCCAGCCGGGCCUGGGCAGGAUGCCCACCGUGGACGUGCCGCUUAGCACCGAGGAACACGUGUGUCUCCUGGACUGCAUCGACCUAGACCUGCAGGAGAUGGACAUCUUUGCUGCCGAACGGCUGCCCUGUGAGGCCUGGGACAGUAGCCGCAAGCAGCCGGACACAGACCUGCUGUUCCCCUCAUUCUCAGUGCGUCGCAGUGGGGCCAGCCUGCUCAAGGAGCACUGUCGUCUUAGCCUGAAGGUGGAGAGGAACCUGGACAGGGAGCUGAGCCACGCCGUGCCGGACAUGACCAUUCACGGCAGACUGUCGUCCGUGCACUGCUCUUUGGAUCUGGAUCGAUACCGCCUGAUCCGUGGACUCCUGGAGAAAAACCUGGGUGAACCCGUGGAGGAAUUCCUCAGGCCUUACAAUCUGCAGGACCCCAGUACUUAUACGGUGUUGAGCGGUGAUGUGUUCACUGGGCUCUCCUUUCUUGUGGACAUGAUGGAUGUAAGCCUUGAGUUGCUCAACACCCCUGCUACCACAGGGCACGUGUCCUCCUUGGCCAGAUUUGACUUCAAGAAGUCCAAGCUGCUCUUUGAAAGCUUUUCCAACGGGUCCAAAUCUGUGAAUCUGGUGUCCCACUCGCUACUGGCAUACGACACUCGCUACAGGGCGUCCAGCACGACCUCCACCAGCAGCAGACACGGGAAGCCCAAUGUGUUUGACUGCAUCCUACAGCCCUCCAAGACCGGUGCAAACCGGGCCUCGCUGCAGUUGGAGCUGCAUUACCGCUCUACACGGGAAUCAUCUUCUUUCACUGUGGUGCUCAACAACCUGCGUGUCUUCCUCAUAUUCGACUGGCUACAAUUGGUGCGCGAUUUCCUGAAGGUGCCGGCAGAGAGGGGCGGAGCGCCAUCCCGGCAGCGCUGGCCCAGCGGCGGCAGUGACCCGGGCACCACGGGAGCUGUCAUGCCUAAGACAGUGAAGAGUGGCGUGGUGACCAAGAGGUCCACAAUUCCUGUGACACAGGAGCGCAGCCUGGAGGUCAAGAUCAACGUGACUGGGACGGAGUUUGUGGUGGUGGAGGAUUCCUCCUGCCUGGACAGCAAUGCCAUCAUCCUGAAAGGAACCACAGUGCUCACCUACAAGCCCCGUAUCUUGGACCGCCCGUUUUCCGGGAGCCUGGCUGGCAUUGAGGUGUUCUCCUGCCGGCUUGGUAGCGAACAGGAGACGGCGCUCUCCAUCGUGGACCCUGUCAACAUCCAGCUGGAGCUUUGCGGCAGCCCCACCUACCAGAGCAGUUCUGGCCUGCUAGAUGCUUUCAACAUGGAGGACUUCCCACCAUUGCUGGAGAUUCAGGUUCCAGCCCUGGACAUCCGUCUGUCCUACAAUGACAUUCAGCUCUUCCUGGCCAUUGCCAAGUCCAUCCCCACUGCUGGUCCCCCGUCCUCCAGUGAGCCUGGUGCCAGCACCCAGGGAGGCUCAUCCACAGCCAACCUAGACGCCUCCACCAGCCAGAAGGAUCUUUUCAGGCACAAGACAGAGGCUUUACUCGAGGGCCAGUUAUCCCGGUUACAGGACCUGGGUUUUAGGAAGGAAGACUGCAGAAAAGCACUCAUCCACUGUAGAGGACAAUUGGACCAGGCAGCUACAUGGCUGUUGGAGAAUGCUGAGGCAACGACCACAUCAGUGGUGGGCAGGACUGAUUCUGCUGGUCAUUCAGCUCUGCCCCUUUCGGGAGUGGAAGUGAAGGCUGACAGCGUAUGCAUAUGCUUCAUCGACGACUGCCUAGACUGCGACAUACCGCUGGCUGAGCUGACCUUGUCACAUCUGUACGCUCUUCAGCGCAUCGGCUCCAUCCGGGAGGGCAAUGCCACAUUCACCCUCUCAGUGGAUUACUACAACCGUGAACUUUCUGGCUGGGAGCCCUUUAUUGAACCCUGGCCCUGCCUACUCACUUGGCAGCAGCAGGCUGCAGGUCUCCUCCACCCACCACGCCUCAAGGUGAGCGUGCGGGCCAAGCAGAGGCUGGAUGUCAACAUCACUUCCGUCUUACUAGAGCAGUACAGCACCACCAAGAGCUCCUGGCUGGCCGACUACUGCAAGGAUAAGGACGAGGCAGAGAUGCCUGGCUCUUCCACCUCCGUACCCUGGAUGGGCUCCUCCGUGGACCCACCCUGUUUUGGCCAGAGUCUUCCACUUGCCUAUCUUAGAACUAGAAGCACUGCCAGCUUGACUUGUCUCGAGCAGCAGAUUCAUGCCAGAGUGGACGUGAAGCUCUCUAGGCGGAGGCAGCCCUUCGUACCCUUUGCCCUGCGGAAUCACACGGGCUGCACCCUAUCUUUUGCCACCCUCACCACCACCCCUACCAGGGUAGCGCUCUCUCACAGCGGGAGUGCCGAUUCAAUAUCUGACCCUCAUGGACCUGGUAUGGAUGACACCCACAAUGUGAGCCAGUGGAGAGAGGUGCUGCCGGGGGAAGAGAUCCCCUUCGAAUUUGAGGCCCGGGAGAAGCUGAGACACAGGCACACUCAUGAGCUGAAACUACACCAGCUGCUGGUGCGUGUGACUGGGUGGGAGCAGGUGAAGCCUGUCUCGGUCGACAAAGUAGGGGUCUUCUUCCGCUACGCCGCCCCCGACCGUAACAACCCCUCCAGCACGGUUGGCAGCCCCAUCAGUCGAACCAACAUCAUACAUCCCCAUGUUUAUUUCUCGGCCCUACCCCCAGUCAGGGUGGUCUUUGCCAUCACAAUGGAGGGCAGCGCACGUAAGGUGAUCACCGUUCGAUCAGCCCUCAUGGUGAAGAACCGCCUGGAGGUGCCCAUGGAACUACGCUUGGACAGCCCCUCUGCCCCUGAUAAACCGGUGGUACUGCCUCCUGUCUUACCCGGUGAGGCCCUGGCGGUGCCCCUCCACCUCACCUCGUGGAGGCUGCAAGCUCGGCCCAAGGGCCUGGGCCUGUUCUUCUGCAAGGUGCCCAUCCACUGGACCAGUGUGGAGCGUGCUGGGGAGGUCAGCAGCAGUAAGCGAGAGUGCCAGUCCGCCGACUUCGAGGACCACCUCAAACGCAGCUUCAGGUUCUGCGUUGUGAUAAAGAAGGAGAACUACCCCGACCAGCAGCCUGCAAAAGUGGUGUCCGGGGGCCCCAAGCAGAUCUACCGGCAGCCAGGCCACACUAUAUACCUGCUGCCCACGCUGGUGUUAGCGAACUUGCUGCCCUGCGAUCUCAACUACUACAUCAAGGGCACGUCCAUCAAGGGCACCAUGAAGCCUGGCAAGGAGGCCAUCCUGCAUGCUGCCGACACAUCCCAGAACAUGGAGCUCGGCGUGCUGCUGGAGAACUUCCCUGUGUGCAAAGAGCUGCUGAUCCCCCCUGGAACGCAGAACUACGUGGUUCGAAUGCGGCUGUAUGAUGCCAACAAGCGCCUGCUCUGCCUCAUCAUCCGCAUCAUCCUCCGGGCGCAGGGGGCGCUCAAGAUCCUCGUGUCUGCGCCAUACUGGCUUGUCAACAAAACGGGCCUUCCUCUCAUUUUCCGUCAGGACAAUGCCAAGUCAGAUUCAGCGGGACAGUUUGAGGAGCAUGAAUUGGCCCGUAGUCUCAGCCCCCUGCUUUUCUCCUACACUGAUAAAGAGCAACCAAACAUGUGCACGAUGCGCAUUGGGAAAGGCAUCCAUCCGGAUGGCGUGCCGGGCUGGUGUCAGGGCUUCUCUCUGGAUGGUGGAAGCGGAGUGAGGGCGGUCAAGGUGAUACAGCAUGGGAACAGACCAGGACUCAUCUACAACAUAGGGAUCAACGUGAGAAAAGGAAAGGGUCGCUAUAGGGACACGCACAUUGUGACCUUUGCACCCCGGUACCUGUUGGACAACCGGUCAUCCCACAGACUUGCAUUUUCCCAGCGAGAGUUUGCUAAAGGAAAGGGCACUGGGAACCCAGACGGAUACAUAUCCACUCUUCCUGGCUCCAGUGUGGUUUUCCAUUGGCCCAGGAAUGACUACGACCAGUUACUAUGCGUGCGUCUCAUGGACAACCCAAGCUGUACCUGGUCUGGGGGCUUUGAGGUGAACAAGCCCAAGUCGUUCCACAUCAACAUGAGGGACACUUUAGGGAACUGUUUCUUUCUACGAGCUGAAAUCAGCCUCAAGGGGGCGAUGUAUCAGAUCUCCUUCAGUGAUACCGACCAGCUGCCCCCACCGUUUCGCAUCGACAACCUUUCAGAGGUGCCCAUUCAGUUCUGGCAGCAUGGCGUGGUUGACCUAUGCCUGCACACGGAGGUGAAGGCCGGUGCCGUGCUGGACUAUGCCUGUGACGAACCCACCCUCCCCCCUUACCUCAUCCUCACGGUCAAAGGGGCCGGGUCUUCAGAGGUCACUGCUGACAUGAACUUCUUUAGGGAGUACAACAAGCUCUACUAUGAGAACUACAUCUAUAUUGCUGCAACAUAUACCUUCUCCGAGAGUGCCGAGAAUAGGCCGGUGGGGAAGAGUCUUUCCAUGAGCUGCGCCGAGCUGGUGCUGGAUGUGGAGACAAAGACCCAGAGGGUCAUUCUAAAGAAGAAGGAACCAGGGAAGCGCUCACAGCUUUGGAGGAUGACUGGCUCGGGCAUGCUGUGCCACGAAGGCUCCUCCCCCCCGCAGAGUAAGCCUGCGCAGCCCCGCCCCCUCAACUCCUCCCUUGUCCUGGACAUUGCUGGAUUGGCUGCUGUUACUGACAACAGCUAUGAGCCCCUUAUGUUGCGGAGACCAGAUUCUCGAAGGAGCACAACCCAGACUUGGCACUUCAGCUCUGGCAUGCUGACCUGUGGCCUUCCCAGGCUGGUAGUGCAGGUGAAAGGUGGGGUUGCAGGGUUGUAUGACGGGGCAGAGGUGGUCCUCGGCCCAGACUCGAGUCUUCUGGAUGUUCCCCCCACACAGCAGUUCAUCAACCAAAAGAUGCGCCCUGGCUCAGGCGUGCUGUCUGUGCAGGUCCUGCCCGACGGGCCCACAAGGGUCCUGCAGAUUAGCGACUUCAAUCAGCGACGCACUGCCCGCAUAUCCCCAAGCACAGAGGAGGAAAAGAGCAAGGAGAACAAGCAGAAGAACCUUCCAGAGCAGGAGCUGGAGGUGCUGGUGAACCUGCACGAAGGGGUGGGCCUCUCACUGGUCAACAAGCUUCCUGAGGAGCUCGUCUUUGCCACACUGUCUGGCAUCACCGUUCACUUCACCCGCACAGCCGCCAGCCAGGUUCUGGAGCUCAGCGUGCAGAACAUCCAGGUGGACAAUCAGCUGCUGGGCACCACCCAUCCGGUGGUUCUGUGUGUUACCCCCAGCUCUAGCGAGGGUACAGGGACAGGAGACGUGGGCCCUGCCCUGCAGGUCAAUGCCGUCAAGGUGCCCAGCAGCCUUAUGCUAACAGAGCUCUUCAAGCACCUGAUGGUGACGACGCGCCGCUUCACGGUCAUCAUCGAGGAGAAACUCCUGCUAAAACUACUCAGUUUCUUUGGUUACGGACAGGUUGAGACAGAGGUGGAGAAGUUAGAUGAGAACCUGUACGAGAAGGCCAGCGAGGAUGGGGGCACGCCCAAGCGGUAUUACUUUGAGAACCUGAAAAUCAGCUUGCCCCAGGUCAAGCUGAGCGUGUUCACCUCCCACAAGCUCCCUCUGGACCUCAAGGCACUAAAGGGAACUCUGGGAUUCCCACUCAUCCGAUUUGAAGACGCUGUCAUCAACAUGUACCCUUACACGCGGGUUCACCCUUACGAGACCCAGGAAAUCAUCCUCAAUGAUAUCCUGAAGCAUUUCAGAGAGGAGCUGAUAAGUCAGGCGGCCCAGAUCCUAGGAUCAGUUGACUUCCUGGGGAACCCCAUGGGGCUGCUGAACGAUGUCACUGAGGGCGUGUCUGAGCUCAUCAAGUAUGGCAAUGUCAGCGGCCUCAUCCGUAACGUCACGCAUGGGGUUUCCAAUUCAGCUGCCAAGUUUGCUGGAACCUUGUCUGACGGGUUGGGGAAGACCAUGGACAACCGUCACCAGAGCGAGAGGGAGUACAUCCGGUACCACGGUGCCACCAGCGGGGAGCAUCUGGUGGCAGGCAUCCACGGACUGGCCCAUGGUAUCUUAGGAGGCCUGACUAGCGUCAUCACAUCUACAGUGGAAGGAGUGAAGACAGAGGGGGGCGUCAGCGGCUUCUUCUCAGGACUGGGGAAGGGCCUGGUGGGCACUGUGACAAAACCAGUGGCCGGGGCGCUCGACUUCGCCUCGGAGACUGCCCAGACCGUUCGGGAUAUGGCCAGCCUUAGCAACCACAGGCUCUGCAUCCAGCGGGUACGGAAGCCUCGCUGCUGUAAGGGACCCCAAGGGCUGCUGCCAUGCUUCUCCUCCACCCAAGCAGAUGGACAGGAGCAGCUCUUCCGUCUCACGGACAACAUCCAGUCUGAGUUCUUCAUUGCCGUGGAACAGAUGGACACCUACUGCGUGCUCAUCUCCUCCAAGGUGGUGUACUUCCUGAAGCCAGGGGAUUAUGUGGACCGCGAGGCCAUCUUCCUGGAGGUCAAGUAUGAUGACCUCUACCAUUGCCUGGUCUCAAGGGAUCACGGGAAGGUGUAUGUGCAGCUCACCAAAAAAGCAGACAAUACCAGUAGCGCUGUUGCUAUCCCAGGCCCCUCCCACCAGAAACCCAUGGUUCACGUGAAGAACGAAAACCUUGCUGUCAAAAUUACACAAGAGAUCAACUAUGCCAAGAGCCUUUAUUAUGAGCAGCAGCUCAUGCUGCCGCCCAGUGAAAAUGAAGAUUACCUGCUACUGGAAUCCUAAGCGACAUUGGCUCAACAGCACGGUGGUGUCCUCAGCAGGGUAAUGGGAAUGCUGAAGAGUGUCCCAUCACUAGACCUAUUACGAAGUUAGUAAACUCCCGCGUCUUUGUUGGGAGAGACCUCAUUAAGAACACAAAUUGGGAUGGUGAAUAAAUCCUAGGAAGCACAGGUAUAAAAAUAAGAAAAUAUGCAACAAGUAUUUUAUUAGAAGAGAACACAAGAAGACUUACAAAGAUGUUUUAUUUUACAAAAAGAUGUUUAUAAGAUUAUAUGUGUGUACGCACAUACAUUUAGUGUCUUGUACAAAGAGUGCAACACUACCAGUCAUGUAGUGUACAUAUAUUGGUGAUACAUGAUGGAGAUUUCCACAUUAUGAAGUGAAAGGAGUUUGGGAAUGUGGUGUAUAGCUGCCUUUAUGAUUCUCUUUUAUUUUCUCGAUGUAUAUAAACGGGGUUGGAGCCACUGUGUCGAUUGCACUGAUGCCGACAGGGUGAUGGCUGUCUGUGUGUUGUAGCUCCUGCAAUUCCUGCUCGCAUGCUCAUUCACUCACUAGGAAGCAGCGUAGACAAGUUGGGCUCACUUUGCACCUCUUGUACUACUCCAGGGGCCUGUGUGCAGUUUUCUUGUUUGAGAGGCACCUUUUUUUUUUUUAAAAAAAAAAAAAAUUUAAAUAAUUGAAACUUCCCUUCCUAACCUCAUAUCACAGGCACAAUGAUGUUUGCUUCACAUGGUUUCCUCCAGUGGUGCAUCACGGUUGCUCCGCUGGGCUCUGCUGCUGGGGGCAGUGAAGGAAGGGUUGGGAUCCGUUGAAUAAAGCACCACAGCUCUGCGGUGUUCCAAGACUGACAUUUCGUGCCUUUUGUUGAUCAGGGUACAUUUAACAAUGUCCUGGACUGUUACGAGCUCUCUGUUAAACACACCGAAAUGCUUGCUGCUCUCCAGUGAUUUAAAUCAAGUUAAUGAGCAGCAUAGCAGUUUCCUUUUUGUCAGUGCGGAGCAUCAUUCUUCCUCCGCUAUAGCAGCCCAUUUAGUGAAGAUGAUUUAGGGCUGUUUCUCCCAGAUUUUGAGACAGCGUGAGCAAGCAGUGUCUUCCUUCCCUCUUGCCGUGGUCGUAAUGAACUGCAGCGGCUGCUUUCGCUGCAUCUUUAUGGACUCCGUUACGGAUUCUGAGCGGAAUCAAGGCAAGGGUCGCUCUCCCGGGGACGCCGCACGUCCUCUCACUUGCACCCCAGCUGCUCCAUGUGCACUAUGUUUGAAGAACCAGUCUGCAGUAUUUGUUUGGAAAGCGGUGUCUUGUAUCCAAGGUAUACCGUUCCCUGCGCUCGCAGUGGGUCGACACUAAGGAAUGCAAAUAUUUUAACCCAGCUGUUUGUGAAAUGCAUAUAUCCGCGCUCUUGACGUUUUAAUGCUGGAGAUAACUGACAGUUCAAAAAGGAGGGAGUUCUUGUAGUUCAGCCUUGGUGAAUUUCAGUGGUUCCCCACAUUACUACUGGAUUACUGAGGCUGAGUAAAGUAGUUUUAUGUGAGGAAAAAGGUUGAAUAGGUGUGCUCAAUGAGUUGAAUAUUUUUUUUCUAAAGCACUUUUUUCAAUGCAAAGCUAACUUGCAUAAGCUGAUCCAAUAAACCAAGUCAGUCUUACUAGUGAAAUAAAAAGUCUGUUAAACAAGCAUACACAAAA